AUGUCGGUAAGAGUGGUGGCCCGGAUCCGUCCGCUGCUCGACCACGAGCUCGACAAGGACAUUAUCGUCACCGCCGCGUCCAGUGCCAGCGCGCCCGAGAACACGUUCAACGUCGUCAAGAUCCCGAGUCCAAAGAACGACGCCGAGGAGUUCUCAUUCACGUUCAAUGGCGUAUAUGACCAGACUACCUCACAAGAGGAGCUCUUCGCUGCCGAGGUUUCCACGCACCUCAAAUCCCUAUUCCAGGGCCUCGACGUCACCAUAUUCGCCUAUGGAGUCACUGGCACGGGCAAGACGCACACGAUGCGUGGCGGUCUCAAGCUCGCCGACCGCGGUGUGAUCCCGCGCCUGCUGAGCAGUGUGUAUAGGCGAGCCAAGAAAAUCACCAAGGACGCCGACGGCGAGACGACAGUCCACGUCGCCCUCUCGUACUACGAGAUCUACAAUGACAAGGUUUACGACCUCCUCGAGCCUCCCGAGAAGCGCACACCAACGGGCCUACCUCUUCGCGAGGCCAAUGGCAAGACCCACGUCGUGGGCUUGUCCGAACGGUCCUGUGAGAACCUCAAGGACUUUGAGCGGUUAUAUAUCGAGGCCAACAACAAUCGCGUCACCGCUGCCACGAAGCUCAACGCCCAUAGCAGCAGAAGCCACGCCAUUCUGCGCGUCAAGGUGACGCAGAUCUCCGCAGACACGAUACGCGAGAGCACCGCGUCAGCCAUUGAUCUUGCUGGGUCAGAAGACAACCGCCGGACAGAAAACGGCAAGGAGAGAUUGGUUGAGUCGGCUGCAAUCAACAAGAGUUUGUUCGUGUUAAGUCAGUGCAUCGAUGCCAUCUCAAGAGGCGACCGACGGAUCCCGUUCAGAGAGAGCAAAAUGACAAGAAUCUUGUCUCUGGGCCAGAACAAUGGCAUCACUGUCAUGAUUCUCAAUCUGGCACCUAUACGGAGUUACCAUCUCGACACGCUCAGCAGCUUGAACGUCAGUUCACGGGCCAAGCGGAUCGAGGUCCGCGAAAUUGAGAACGAGGUCGUCUUUAAGCAACAACCCCGGACAAACUCAAACUUGUCGAACGGCAGCGUUGUGCGGCAACCGCUCCGGCCACUGGCCAACACCCACAACAUCCACUCCGGCACGGUCGCUGCUGCUGCCGCUGCUGCGAAAACCUCUGACAAGCCCGUCAAGGCUUUCAACGUGUAUACGGACCGGCCAGCACUAAAGGCGAUUCCGACAGCGCGUCCCGCAAACACCUCGAUAAAAAGGGCAGCUUCACCAAAGCAGCUCGUUGCAACUCAGAAGAGACCCUCCGAGAACGAUAAUGGCAUGAGACCAUCAAAGAUCACCCGACCGACACAGCUGCCUUCAUUGACAAAGUCAAUGUUGUCUGCUCCCCAGAAGACUGCCCAGCCCGCGAUUUCUGCCGAGCAAAUCGAGGCUAUGGUGCAAAAGAAGGUCGAGGAGAUCCUGGCCGCGCGGACACAGGCCGCCAUCGAGGAACAGGAGCAGAAGAAGCAGUCACAGCCAGAGAUCAGCGAUGCCGUCAGAGAGAGACUGGAGGCACUGGAGCGGCGUAUUGAGGACAGUCGGCAGCAGGACGACGAGAAAACCGAGGGCUUGCGCUUCCUGCUCAUGGCUCGGCAGCACAAGGAACGUGGCGAGGACACGAGCGCCCUCAAGAUGUACGAGCUUGCCCUGCCCUUCUUCCCGGGCCAGGCGAAGCUGCUCGGCAAGAUUGAGAAACUCAAGGCUCGCAUCGCCAUCAAACGCGCUGGUCGCGAAUCCGCCGCCACUGCGAGCCUCUCCGCUGGGUUUUACUCCCACUCUGAGGGUAGUCCUGGCGCAACGAGAAGGCGGAACAAGAAGCAGGCUCGCAAGAUGGUGUAUCGUGACGAUGCUGACGAGGUUUCUCACGGCGAUGAUGACUACUACCAUGACGCCGAAGCCGACAAUGACGAGGACAGCUUUGUCCUUGAUAAGCCCGCCCGCACCAAGAAGGCCGGCAAGAAGCAGUCAUCAAAGACUGGCACGGCCAGGACUCUGUUCAGUGUAAAUGCUGACGCCGCUUCCGUCGAAGAUGGUCCCGCAGCGCAGAGCCUGCUUGAUAUUGUCAACUCGCGCGACCUUGCGCAGAUCAUGACCCUGCAGGGGUUCGGUCCCAAGAAGGCCCGCGACCUGGUUGAAUACCUCAACCUCAUGUCCGAGACCGAGGGCCGCAUCGAGUCGCUGCCCGAGCUGCGUGCUGUACCUGGUCUAGGUGGGCGCGCUGUCGAUCGUGCUUACGAGGGACUUUUGACUAGCGUCGCGUGCUAG